GUCGUCCGUAAUGUCGAAAAACUAGGGAUUUUUCAUUUUCUGUCUCAUUGUGGAUUGGGCACUAAAACGUCAACGUCAAAAAUUCCUUUUCAUAUUAGAAUUUUGCCCAAAAUAUGGCUCGAGGUCCCAAGAAGCAUUUGAAACGUUUAAAUGCCCCCAAAGCAUGGAUGUUGGACAAAUUGGGGGGUGUCUUCGCCCCUCGUCCAUCCACCGGGCCUCACAAGUUGCGCGAAUCCCUGCCUUUAGUGAUUUUCCUGCGUAACAGGCUGAAGUAUGCUCUUACAAACAGUGAAGUCACUAAAAUUGUUAUGCAAAGGUUGAUCAAAGUUGAUGGUAAAGUGAGGACUGAUUCUAAUUACCCUGCUGGUUUCAUGGAUGUCAUUACUAUUGAGAAGACUGGUGAAUUUUUCCGUCUGAUCUAUGAUGUUAAAGGAAGAUUUGCUGUGCACCGUAUUACAGCUGAAGAGGCAAAAUACAAGUUGUGUAAAGUAAGGAGAGUCCAAACUGGUCCCAAAGGAAUCCCAUUUUUGGUAACACAUGAUGGCAGAACCAUUCGUUACCCUGACCCUAACAUCAAAGUGAAUGACACAAUCCAGAUGGAAAUUGCCACAUCUAAAAUUCUUGACUACAUCAAAUUUGAAUCUGGUAACCUGUGUAUGAUCACUGGUGGGAGAAAUUUGGGAAGAGUUGGUACUGUUGUGAACCGUGAACGCCACCCUGGGUCAUUUGAUAUAGUACACAUCAAGGAUGCAAAUGGUCAUGUUUUUGCCACCAGAUUGCAUAAUGUAUUUAUCAUUGGAAAAGGAGCAAAGGCCUUUGUGUCACUUCCUAGAGGAAAGGGUAUUAAAUUGAGCAUUGCUGAAGAAAGAGAUAAGAGGCUAGCAGCAAAAACACAUUAAUAAUGUAGUGUUACAUUAUUUUCAAUAAAAAACAAAAAAUAA